AUGGCUGAGACUGCUACAAACGGUCCUUUGGACUUUACUACCUUCCAUAAUAUCAUAAACAACGAAUUGUCCUCAACUUCUACGACUCGGCACAGUAUCAACCCUGCGAAUUCCACACCCAACCCUGAAGUUCCAGUCGCAAGCCAUGAAGAUGUCGAUCGGGCCGUAAAAUGUGCCCGCGAUGCUUUCAAGACGUGGUCUAAGACAUCUUUUGCCGAGCGUCGAAACGCUCUGUCAGCUUACGCUAACGCUCUCGACGCUAACGCCGAUGCAUUCGCUAAGACCCUCACCAUGGAGCAGGGAAAGCCACUGAACCAAGCCGCUACCGAGGUCGGAAUGGCCUCUAAUUGGAUUCGGGCCAUGAGUGAAAUUGAAAUCAAGGAGAACGUUAUCGAGGAGAAGGAUGAUCUGAAGAUUGUUCAGCGCUAUACGCCUAUGGGUGUGGCUGGUGCGAUCGUGCCGUGGAAUUUCCCCGUGCUCCUUGCUAUGGGCAAGAUUGUCGGUGCUGUUUACACUGGUAAUGCUGUUAUCAUUAAACCUUCGCCGUUCACUCCUUAUUGUGGCUUAAAGUUGGCUGAGUUGGCGACUCGAUUCUUCCCUCCGGGUGUAAUUCAGUGUCUGAGUGGCGAUGAUAGCCUUGGCCCGAUGUUCACAGAUCACCCUGGUAUCGAUAAAAUUAGCUUUACCGGCUCUAUUGCAACUGGUAAGCGGGUGAUGGCAAGCUGCGCUAAGACACUUAAGCGAGUGACCCUGGAGCUUGGCGGAAAUGACCCUGCUAUUAUCUGCGAUGAUGUGGACAUUGACGCGAUCAUUCCCAAAAUUGGUAUUCUGUCCUAUCUUUGCAGUUCCCAAAUUUGCAUGAUGAUCAAGCGUCUUUAUGUUCACGAAAGAAUCUACGACGCCUUCCUGGAGAAGCUGAUCGCCUUCGUAAAGACGCUUAAGGUUGGAGACGGCAACGAGGCCGAUGUCUUCUUCGGUCCUGUCCAGAACAAAAUGCAAUACGAGAAAGCUAAGGCGCUUUUUAGCUCCAUCACAACUGAAAAUCUGAAGGCUGUACUGGGUGGUUCGAUCGAGGACUCGCACGGAUACUUCAUCCACCCGACUAUCAUUGACAACCCGCCCGAGUCAUCUCGCGUCGUCCAAGAGGAGCCCUUCGCGCCCAUCCUUCCCAUCAUGAAAUGGUCCGACGAGGACGAUGUCCUUGAGAAGGCGAAUGCCCUGGAGACUGGCCUUGGUGCAUCAGUCUGGAGUAAUGAUUUUGAGCGGGCUACUCGCAUGGCUAAUCAGCUCCAGGCGGGUGUUGUUUGGGUCAACUCGCACUUUGAUGUUUCCCCUAAGGUGCCGUUUGGUGGUCAUAAGCAAAGUGGUAUGGGUGUUGAGUGGGGCCUCAGUGGCCUGUUGGCUUAUUGCAACUCGCAGACGCAGUGGUUGAAGAGAGGCAUCUAG